UCCCUAUUUGAGCCACUGCUCUCUCUGCUACAGUCCUCAGAGCAGCAGGCGCAGAGUCAGCGCAGCUCUCUCCUGCUCAGGAGGCAUAACUUGCUUUUUCAAAAUUUCAUUUCUUGGAUUUACUUUCUUCUCACCAAGAUGAGACUUGUUCUCGUUGUUGUUGCUGUUCUUUUGACAGAAAAUCUUGCGCUUCCGGUGGGGAAAGAAGGACAGAGAGAAGAUGUGAUAACACGCUGCUUGGUUGAGGUCUUGUCCAAAGCUCUGUCCAAACCAGACUCUCAGCUGGACCAGGAAUGUAAAGACAUCCUCCAGACAGGGAUUAAACACACCCCACUAAACAAGAAGAGUGCAGAGGGUAUAAUACUGCAUGAGGAGGUGGUCAGAGGUCAGCCGGAGGGAACUGAGGCAAAGACAAGUGACGUGAAAGACAUUGAGGCACUGCUACAGUCCGUGGCAGAAAAGAAAGAUCCUCCUGAAAACAAACAGGGAGAGGAAUCCUGGAAUUUGGGUGGCAAGACAGAGAAGGGAUAUGAAAAUGAAGUGGAAGAAGCACGGGAGAAAAGAAGCAACUGGAGGCCGGGAAGAUACCACCAAAAACAUCACAAGAGAGGUGAAGAAGAGGAAGUGGACAAUGAGCGUAGUCAGGAGAGUUGGGGGCUGUUUGACAAAAAAUCAGUAGAAGAAGAGGAAGACGAGGAGCAGAGGGACGGUACAGAAAGGGAGAAAAGGAAAUGGAGGCCUGGGAGGCACUACCAAAAGCAACACAAGCGAGGUGAAGAUGAUGACUAUGAGCGAAGUCAGGAAAGUUGGGGGGCAUUUGAAAAGAGAUCAGAAGAAGAAGAGGAAGAGGGGGAAAAGGAGGACGGUGGAGAAAGAGAGAAAAGGAAAUGGAGAAUCGGAAGACACCAUCAGAAACCACACAAACGAGAUGAAGAAUCCUUAGGAGAAGAAAGGGAGGAGCCUGAAGAGGAACGUAGCCAAGAGUCCUGGGAUCUGGAUAAGAGGUAUGUCAAUGAGGAGGAGGAGGAAAGAAGCAAACGCAUAUGGAAACCCACACGUCCCUACCACCACAAGAAGAAGAUCCAUAAACGUGGUGAUGAACCGUCUGAGGUGGGGGAAGAUGAAGAGCGUAGCCAGGAAUCUUGGGGUCUUGAUGAUGAUGAACGAGACAAAAGGAAUUGGAAACCAGGAAGGUACCAUCAGAGGAGACAUAAACGUGAUGAAGAGCUGUCUGAGGAGGGCAGAGAAGAUCCAGAUGAAGAACGCAGCCAAGAAUACUGGGACUUCGACACUGGACGGUACAAAAGAAAUUGGAGACCUGGCAGGCAUCACCAGAGGAGACACAAACGUGAUGAAGAACUGCUCGAGGAAGCAGCAGAAGAUCCAUACGAUCGCAGCCAGGAAUACUGGGACUUUGACUCUGGAAUAUACAAGAGAGACUGGAGGCCCGGCAGGUAUCACCAGAGGAGACAUAAACGUGACGAGGAGCUUGCAGAAGAGAAACGAGAAGAGGAGUACGGUGACCGCAGUCAGGAAUACUGGGAUUUUGACAAAAGACACGAUAAAGAAGACGGAGAGGUGGAAAAACGCAUCUGGAAACCAACACACCGAUACCACCACAAAAAGAAAUUGCACAGGCGUGAUGGAGAAUCAUCAGAGAAUGACGAUGUUUCAGAGGAAUAUGAAGGCACCUCAAAGGACAGGGAAGAAGCUGAGAGGUACCUGGAAGAAAAGCGUAAUCCGUGGAUCUACAGAGGCUUCUACCAUCCUGCCUGGUAUAAAAGGGAACCAAAUGAGCACGCAGCAAACUCAGAGAAGAUGGAUGAACUGGCCAAGAUGGUGAGCUAUAAGAUAAAUCAGCUGGCCAACCACUCUAAUCAAGAGGUGGUAAAGAGAAGCACACACCCGAGAGUCCUCACCCCACAGGAGGAUAAGGAGAUGGAAAACCUGGCAGCCAUGGACACAGAGCUGCAGAAAAUCGCCACCAAGUUGCAUGAUAACAGCGCCUAAGCGAGCUGCGAGAGCAUUCGAAGACACUAUCAGUGUGAAACAGCUGCUCUUCUUAUCGCAUGUCUGCCAUUAAACUGUGCUAACGUUGUAACAAAGACUAAGGCCUUGCCAAAAACACUUGUUCAUCAUUGUUGUUGUGAUGCCUUUUGGUGUUAAUAAAUGUUUCAGCAUGGAAAUAAACUUGAUGUUUAUAUUUAAUAAAUAUGUCAGAUAGAGAUAAAUUGUGUUCUAACGAGUUGUCUCAAUGUGCAACUAAUAAAAGACGUUAUUCUGGGACUAAAGAGAGAACUGAAAUUAUUUU